AUCUCACAGCAUCAGCUUCCCCAAAAGCAAGCCGAGCCAAGCCAAGCCCCGACACAAGCAGCCAAGCCAAGUCAAGCCCCGACACAAAGCAAGCCAAGCCAAGCCAAGCCCCGACACAAAGCAAGCCAAGCCAAGCCAAGCCCCGACACAAGCAAGCCAAGCCAGCCAAGCCCCGACACAAAGCAAGCCAAGCCAAGCCAAGCCCCGACACAAAGCAAGCCAAGCCAAGCCCCGACACAAAGCAAGCCAAGCCAAGCCCCGACACAAGCAAGCCAAGCCAAGCAAGCCCGACACAAAGCAAGCCAAGCCAAGCCAAGCCCCGACACCAAAGCAAGCCAAGCCCCGACACAAAGCAAGCCAAGCCUAGCCAAGCCCCGAACAGAGCAAGCAGCCAAGCCAAGCCCCGACACAAAGCCAAGCCAAGCCAAGGCCAAAGCAAGCCACCAAGCCAAGCCAAGCCACACAGAGCAAGCCCCAAGCCCACCCCGACACAAGCAAGCCAAGCCAAGCCAAGCCCCGACACAAGCCAAAUCAUCCCCCCCAAGCAUCUAAGCUUAAAGAAAUGCAGUAAAUCUUGCGAAGGAAAUUUAUGCAACAGCCGCUUCUCAGAUCCAGAGAGCGAGAAAUCUUGCUUUGGGGUUGCUCGCCAAAAUGCGCAAGAGCUUCAAGUUCACGAGUUUGAAAAAUGA